AUGGCGGAUCGGACAGCUCCCAGCUGCCAGCUCCGGCUGGAGUGGGUGUACGGGUACCGGGGUCACCAGUGCCGCAACAACCUGUACUACACCGCCGGCAAGGAGGUGGUCUACUUUGUGGCUGGGGUCGGGGUGGUUUACAACACCCGAGAGCACAGCCAAAAAUUCUUCUUGGGACACAACGACGACAUUAUCAGCCUUGCCUUACACCCAGAUAAAACUCUCGUUGCAACUGGCCAAGUUGGGAAGGAGCCAUAUAUAUGUAUAUGGGAUUCCUAUAAUGUCCAGACUGUAUCUAUUCUUAAAGAUGUCCAUACCCAUGGAGUCGCCUGCCUGGCUUUCGACUCAGAUGGACAGCGUUUGGCCUCUGUGGGAUUGGAUGCCAAAAACACAGUCUGCAUUUGGGACUGGAAGAAGGGAAAACUUCUGGCCUCUGCCACCGGCCACUCCGACCGGAUUUUUGAUAUUUCCUGGGAUCCAUAUCAGCCAAACAGAGUGGUUAGCUGUGGAGUUAAACAUAUAAAGUUUUGGACACUCUGUGGAAAUGCCCUGACUGCAAAAAGAGGGAUAUUUGGCAAAACGGGGGAUCUUCAGACCAUCCUUUGCCUUGCAUGUGCCAAAGAAGACAUCACCUAUUCUGGUGCUUUAAAUGGAGACAUCUACGUCUGGAAAGGGCUCAAUUUAGUCCGCACCAUUCAAGGCGCACAUAGUGCUGGAAUCUUUAGCAUGUAUGCUUGUGAAGAAGGCUUUGCCACUGGUGGACGAGAUGGGUGUAUUCGAUUAUGGGAUACUGAUUUCAAGCCAAUAACCAAAAUUGAUCUCAGGGAGACAGAACAAGGAUAUAAAGGCCUCUCUAUCCGGAGCGUGUGUUGGAAGGCAGACCGCCUGCUAGCAGGGACCCAGGACAGUGAGAUAUUUGAAGUGAUUGUGCGCGAAAGAGACAAGCCAAUGCUGAUCCUGCAAGGCCACUGUGAGGGGGAGCUCUGGGCGCUGGCCUUGCACCCCAAGAAGCCACUAGCUGUAACAGGAAGUGACGACCGCUCUGUCAGGCUGUGGAGCCUGGCCGACCACGCCUUGAUCGCCCGCUGUAACAUGGAGGAAGCAGUUCGCAGUGUGGCCUUCAGCCCCGAUGGAUCUCAGCUGGCCCUGGGCAUGAAGGAUGGCUCUUUCAUUGUGCUCCGAGUCAGAGAUAUGACAGAAGUGGUUCAUAUCAAAGAUCGAAAAGAAGUCAUUCAUGAAAUGAAAUUUUCUCCAGAUGGCUCUUACCUCGCGGUGGGAUCUAAUGAUGGCCCAGUGGACGUGUAUGCCGUGGCCCAGCGAUACAAGAAGAUUGGAGAGUGCAGCAAGUCCCUUAGUUUCAUCACACACAUUGACUGGUCUUUGGAUAGCAAAUACUUGCAGACUAAUGACGGCGCAGGAGAACGCCUGUUCUACAAGAUGCCAUCUGGGAAGCCUUUAACAAGUAAAGAAGAAAUCAAAGGAAUUCCCUGGGCCUCCUGGACUUGUGUAAAAGGCCCUGAAGUGAGUGGGAUUUGGCCGAAGUACACUGAUGUCACUGACAUCAAUUCAGUGGAUGCAAAUUACAAUAGCUCAGUGCUGGUUUCUGGCGAUGAUUUUGGACUAGUUAAAUUGUUUAAAUUUCCUUGUCUCAAGAAAGGAGCCAAAUUUAGAAAAUAUGUGGGCCAUUCUGCACAUGUCACAAAUGUCCGCUGGUCCCAUGACUUUCAGUGGGUAUUGAGCACAGGAGGGGCUGACCACUCAGUUUUCCAGUGGAGAUUUAUUCCAGAAGGUGUCAGCAACGGUCUGCUGGAAACUGCACCCCAGGAAGGUGGCACUGAUUCCUACAGUGAAGAAUCUGAUUCGGAUUUAUCUGAUGUACCAGAAUUGGACUCUGAUAUUGAGCAAGAAACUCAAAUCAAUUAUGAUCGCCAGGUUUACAAAGAAGAUCUACCUCAGCUAAAGCAACAAAGUAAAGAGAAAAACCAUGCAGUGCCCUUCCUCAAAAGAGAAAAGGCUCCUGAGGACAGCUUGAAACUCCAGUUCAUACACGGUUACAGAGGCUACGACUGUAGAAACAAUCUGUUCUACACGCAGACUGGGGAAGUGGUCUAUCACAUUGCUGCAGUUGCUGUCGUGUACAACAGACAGCAACACUCCCAGAGGCUGUACCUGGGGCAUGAUGAUGACAUUCUCAGCCUGACCAUCCAUCCAGUGAAGGACUACGUGGCCACCGGGCAGGUUGGAAGAGAUGCUGCUAUUCACGUGUGGGACACACAAACUCUAAAAUGUCUGUCGCUACUGAAAGGACAACACCAGAGAGGAGUGUGUGCGCUCGAUUUUUCAGCUGAUGGAAAAUGUCUGGUGUCGGUUGGUUUAGACGAUUUUCACAGUAUUGUGUUUUGGGACUGGAAAAAGGGAGAAAAGAUAGCCACCACAAGAGGGCAUAAAGAUAAGAUAUUUGUGGUUAAAUGUAACCCACACCAUGUUGACAAACUGGUUACAGUUGGGAUGAAGCACAUCAAAUUCUGGCAACAAGCAGGUGGGGGCUUCACCUCUAAAAGAGGAAUUUUUGGCAGUGUUGGAAAAUUGGAAACAAUGAUGUGUGUUUCUUAUGGACGAAUGGAAGAUCUAGUGUUUUCAGGAGCAGCUACUGGAGAUAUUUUUAUUUGGAAAGAUAUUCUACUACUAAAGACAGUGAAAGCUCAUGACGGGCCUGUGUUUGCUAUGUAUGCAUUGGAUAAGGGUUUUGUAACGGGUGGAAAGGAUGGAAUUGUAGAACUCUGGGAUGACAUGUUUGAAAGAUGCUUGAAGACUUACGCCAUUAAAAGAGCAGCAUUGUCAACCAGCUCAAAAGGCUUGCUUUUGGAAGAUAACCCUUCAAUUCGUGCUAUCACUUUGGGACAUGGACAUAUCCUGGUCGGAACAAAAAAUGGGGAGAUCCUGGAAAUUGAUAAAAGCGGCCCAAUGACACUGCUUGUUCAGGGGCACAUGGAGGGAGAAGUAUGGGGGCUGGCAGCCCAUCCUCUCCUGCCCAUCUGUGCAACGGUGAGCGACGAUAAAACACUUCGGAUCUGGGAAUUAUCCUCCCAACACCGUAUGCUGGCAGUACGAAAGCUCAAAAAAGGUGGAAGAUGCUGUGCCUUCUCCCCUGAUGGGAAAGCCUUAGCAGUUGGCUUGAAUGAUGGGAGUUUCCUGGUCGUAAAUGCUGACACUGUUGAAGACAUGGUCUCCUUCCAUCACAGAAAAGAAAUGAUCUCUGAUAUUAAAUUUUCAAAAGAUACAGGAAAAUACCUUGCUGUGGCAUCCCAUGAUAACUUUGUGGAUAUUUACAAUGUCCUUACAAGCAAACGGGUUGGCAUCUGUAAAGGUGCUUCUAGUUAUAUUACACACAUUGACUGGGACUCAAGAGGAAAAUUGUUGCAAGUUAAUUCGGGUGCCAAAGAACAACUCUUUUUUGAAGCUCCACGAGGCAAACGGCAUAUAAUAAGACCUUCAGAGAUUGAGAAGAUAGAGUGGGACACGUGGACAUGCGUCCUGGGGCCCACCUGCGAGGGCAUCUGGCCUGCGCAUAGUGACGUGACUGAUGUCAAUGCGGCCAGUCUUACCAAAGACUGUUCCCUCCUAGCCACGGGAGAUGAUUUUGGCUUUGUUAAGCUUUUCUCCUAUCCCGUCAAGGGCCAGCACGCAAGAUUCAAGAAGUAUGUGGGGCACAGUGCACACGUCACCAACGUGAGGUGGCUGCACAAUGACUCUGUGCUGCUCACGGUGGGCGGCGCGGACACCGCCUUGAUGAUCUGGACGAGGGAGUUCGUGGGGACCCAAGAGAGCAAACUAGUGGACAGUGAGGAGUCGGACACAGAUGCGGAAGAGGAUGGAGGCUAUGACAGCGACGUUGCUAGAGAGAAGGCCAUUGACUACACCACCAAGAUCUAUGCGGUGAGCAUCAGGGAGAUGGAAGGCACCAAACCACACCAGCAGCUGAAAGAAGUUUCGGUGGAAGAAAGGCGCUUUAGUGCAGAGUUUGCCCAGAGACGCCAGGGGGAUCAAGACCGCCAGUUAGCAGAGCAGCGCCCCAGCCUGAGAAACUCCAGAAGAACAAUAUCACCAAAAAAAAGAAACUGGUUGAGGGGGUUCGACUGUCGCAACAACCUGCAUUACCUGAAUGACGGCGCGGACAUCAUCUUCCACACGGCGGCGGCCGGCGUGCUGCAGAACCUCUCCACGGGGAGCCAGAGCUUCUACCUGGAGCACACGGAUGACAUCCUCUGCCUCACAGUGAACCAGCACCCCAAGUACAGGAACGUGGUGGCCACCAGCCAGAUAGUUGAUAAGACCGAGACCCCAGGGACGACGCCUUCAAUCCACAUCUGGGACGCCAUGACCAAGCACACCCUCUCGAUGCUGCGGUGCUUCCACUCGAAAGGGGUGAAUUACAUCAAUUUCAGUGCCACCGGGAAGCUCCUGGUGUCGGUGGGAGUGGACCCCGAGCACACCAUCACCGUCUGGCGUUGGCAAGAAGGUGCCAAGGUUGCCAGCCGAGGGGGUCACCUGGAGCGCAUCUUUGUGGUGGAAUUUCGCCCCGACUCAGACACCCAAUUUGUGUCUGUCGGGGUCAAACAUAUGAAGUUCUGGACCCUGGCAGGCAGCGCCCUGCUUUACAAGAAGGGGGUCAUCGGGUCCAUGGAGGCUGCCAAGAUGCAGACGAUGCUCUCCGUGGCCUUCGGUGCUAACAACCUCACUUUCACGGGUGCCAUCAAUGGAGACGUCUACGUGUGGAAGGACCACUUCCUCAUCCGGCUGGUGGCCAAGGCACACACAGGCCCCGUCUUCACAAUGUACACGACCCUUCGGGAUGGACUCAUAGUGACUGGUGGCAAAGAGCGGCCGACCAAAGAAGGAGGUGCUGUGAAGCUGUGGGACCAGGAGAUGAAGCGCUGCAGGGCCUUCCAGCUGGAGACGGGACAGCUGGUGGAGUGUGUGCGCUCUGUGUGCCGGGGCAAAGGAAAAAUUUUAGUAGGAACCAAAGAUGGAGAAAUAAUUGAAGUUGGUGAAAAAAAUGCUGCUUCCAACAUCCUAAUUGAUGGACACAUGGAAGGGGAGAUCUGGGGCCUGGCCACACACCCCUCCAAGGACAUCUUCAUCUCUGCCAGCAACGACGGCACAGCCCGUAUCUGGGACCUGGCUGACAAGAAGCUGCUUAACAAGGUGAACCUGGGCCACGCGGCCAGGUGUGCGGCCUACAGCCCUGACGGGGAGAUGGUGGCCAUCGGCAUGAAGAAUGGCGAGUUCGUCAUCUUGCUGGUGAACAGCCUCAAAGUCUGGGGAAAGAAACGAGACCGGAAAUCUGCUAUCCAAGAUAUCAGAAUCAGCCCAGACAGCAGAUUCUUAGCCGUUGGUUCUUCAGAACACACAGUUGACUUCUAUGACCUCACUCAAGGCACAAGCCUGAAUCGCAUUGGCUACUGCAAAGAUAUUCCAAGCUUUGUCAUCCAGAUGGAUUUUUCGGCGGAUGGCAGAUACAUCCAGGUGUCGACAGGGGCCUACAAGCGCCAGGUGCAUGAGGUCCCCCUGGGAAAGCAGGUCACUGAAGCCACGGUCAUCGAGAAGAUCACCUGGGCCUCCUGGACAAGCAUUCUGGGGGAUGAAGUCAUUGGCAUCUGGCCACGAAAUGCAGACAAGGCUGAUGUCAACUGCGCUUGUGUGACCCAUGCUGGCCUCAACAUUGUCACCGGAGAUGACUUUGGGCUAGUGAAGCUCUUUGAUUUUCCAUGCACAGAGAAAUUUGCCAAACAUAAGCGUUACUUUGGCCACUCUGCUCACGUGACGAACAUCCGUUUCUCUCAUGAUGACAAGUAUGUGGUCAGCACUGGAGGAGAUGACUGCAGUGUGUUUGUAUGGCGGUGUCUGUAAAUGCCAGAAACCUCUUUCUUGCUGCUGCUGCUCCCCCCACCCUGCCCAGCCACCGCGGAGGCACUUCAGGGCCCCUCUGUGCCGCCAGCUGCUGGCCCAGGCCCACUGCGCUGCAGGCCACACGAGUGCCACGUGCCAGCAAAGCAGGGUGACGGCUCCAUCCUCUGCGAAACUGUGACGCUAAGGUCAGUUCUCACAUGGGAGGAGUCCUUGCCUCUGUUCCUGAGACAACGUACUAACCACACUGACAAAAAAUUCUGAUAAUGUAGCCCGCUGACCAAAUUCAAAGCCUCAGUUAACCCUAACCAAUAUGUAGCUUUUAAUUUGCACCAAAACUUUUACAAAAGAUGUUUUGCUAUUCUGUUUCUAUAUACUUUAAAAAUAUUCAUUUUUACCAAUGAGUUGAAUAAGACAGCUUCAGUUAGGUGCACCUAAGCACUAGAACUAUUGAUAGCCUCAGUUCUCCACGUUUAGCUUUCAAAACCAAAUGAGCCAUGUAUAAACAAGUUGAGAAACUUAAUUUUUUAAUGUUUCAUUUGCAGAGUUUUAUAUCCAUUAAGUGCCUUUGAAAGUUACCAGUUGUGUGGGCUGCUGUCUCACCUCCCACAAUUUUUCUCCUUUCUACAUAUGGUGCUAAAACUUCAAAACUGAGGAGGGCUACAGGACCCUUAACAGAUUCCUGGUCUGUCACCCAUGUCAUGUGUUUAUGUCCCGGCUUCCUAAAUGCAAGACAUCAGUUACCUGCUUGGGAAAGAGUGGCAGGUGAGCAG